AUGCUCUCUUCUUUUGUGCGAGGUGUUCACUUAAGCGACAAGCUGCUGGCAUCCCCCGUGAAGUGGUCGUGCGCGCGCCCUAGGAAAGCGUGUCUGAGGACUUGGGUAUGUGUCAAGUUAGGGCCAGGGUUGAGCCGCAACGAAUCGGUCUUGUCCCCUGGGGUCGCGUUUGAGAAUGUGAAGAGAAGGAUCUGGACGUCAGAAGGGCCCCUCGGAGCAGGUAGAUCUGAAAACAGCAACACACAGGUGUCAGUGCCAAGAAGCCAGAAAGGAGGAGCAUCCUUGUCAGCUGCUCAGAAAGUGAAAGAAGCUGGAAGAGAUUUCACAUAUUUAAUUGUGGUGGUUGUCGGGAUCGGCGUUACAGGUGGUUUAUUCUAUGUGAUCUUUAAAGAGUUGUUCUCUUCCUCCAGUCCCAGUAAGAUCUAUGGAGAUGCUUUAGAGAAAUGCAGAGCUCACCCUGAGGUAAUAGGUGUUUUUGGUGAACCUAUAAAAGGUUAUGGUGAAGCGACACGCCGUGGAAGAAGACAGCUUGUCAGUCACAUUGAGUACGUAAAAGAUGGACUGAAAUAUAUGCGCCUGAAGUUCUACAUUGAAGGAUCAGAGAAAGGAAGACAAGGGACAGUUCAUCUGGAAGUGAAAGAGAACCCUGAAAGUGGAAAAUAUGAAUACCGUUACAUAUUUGUGGAUAUUGAUGUCUACCCUAAGAGAACUAUAAUCGUUGAAGACAAUAGAUAAGGAAACAAUUGGAAGAACCCUUCAUUAUUGUGACCCUUCUUCCCUACUACAAUAAGCUUAAUAAGUUA